AACACUACACAUGUAUCAGAACAGGGGAAAAAAGUGUAAUAGCAGCAAUAGCAAAUGCUGGCAAGGAUGCAGAGAAAUUGCACUUCUCACACAUUGCUGGUGGAAAUGUAAAAUGGUGCAGUCACUUUGGAAAAUGGUGUGUUGGUGUCUUUUAAAACUAAGCAUACACUUACCAUGAAACCCAGCAAUUGCACUCCUGGGAAUUAUUUAAGAAGUAAAAAUGUGUAUACAUACAGAAACCUAUGCACAAGUACUCAUAGUAGCUUUAUUUGUAACAGGCAAAAACUGGAGGCAACCGAAAUGUCCAUCAAAAGGUGCAUCCGUACAGUGAAAUGCAACUCAGCAACACAAAGGAACAAACUAUUCAUAAGAACAUGUGUCAAUCUCAAGCGGAUUCUCUGAUUGUACAAAGCCAAUCUCAGAAGCUUUGGGAGCUUGGGCUACCCUGUAACGUCUAAAUGCCUGUGCAGUGUGGGCCCGUGAAGCUGGCAGGGUGGGCAGUAGAAACGCCCACCAGCAGGAGCCAGCUGACCUCCUGCAUGUCACAAUAGCAGCCAGGUGUCUCCACAGUGACGUCUCUGAGCCAGGAGGGAAGAACUGUGGGAUUGAUACAUCCCACAACUGGAGCAGCCUUAGUGCCGGGAACAGCUCUGACCACAGUAAGUUAUCCCAAAACCUCACAGCCAGAUGAAACCAUUGAAGAAUUUCAUCUGCACCAAGGAACAAUUUAGCGUGAUACUGGAGGGAAAGAGUUUCCCUGUGAGAUCCAGGAGGUCCCUUUAGCUCGUCUCCUGACAUCACCACAGUCAUACCCAAGAGGAAGGAAAGGUCAGAGACAAUGAUUUGGAGAACAUUCUACACAAAAACCAAGUAUGAAACAAUGACGAUUUCAUGACGGCUCACUGUUCUUUGGUAUCGUGCCUUACGUGAGCUGGGGACUAACUCCGUAUCCUUAAGGAGGCAUCACUUGAUUAGAGUUGCCCAAAAGAAUGUGGGUUAUUAUCCUAAAGGUCUGUGUAGCUAUCCUGAAACAGUCAGAAAUGAGUUUUUAUUUCACUUAGGUGGUUCCGGGGAGAAGCCUUUCCAGGACCCAUGUGUAGGCACAGCUGUUUUCCCUGAUCAGGAUCCUUGAGGCACUCAACAGAGAAAAGAAAUUCCUAAGGGAACACUGCUCAGAAAGUACUGUACCAUGUCUUCAAAUGCCUAAGGAUUAAGUUGGAAAACUAGAAGCAACAGAAAACACAAUAAGGAAACCUAUGAGAAUAUCCCAGGCCAGUCAAAGAUCACAUUCCUCUUACAAGCCAUCAGAAAUACGACAGCUGCUGAAGAGGCUAGACAAAUGGCCGCCGUUCUCCUAAGACGUCUCUUGUCCUCUGCAUUUGAUGAAGUCUAUCCAGCACUUCCCUCUGAUGUUCAGACUGCCAUCAAGAGUGAGCUCCUCAUGAUUAUUCAGAUGGAAACACAAUCUAGCAUGAGGAAAAAAGUUUGUGAUAUUGCAGCAGAACUGGCCAGGAAUUUAAUAGAUGAGGAUGGCAAUAACCAGUGGCCCGAAGGUUUGAAGUUCCUUUUUGAUUCAGUCAGCUCUCAAAAUGUGGGACUGCGGGAAGCUGCCCUUCACAUUUUCUGGAACUUUCCUGGAAUUUUUGGGAACCAGCAACAGCACUAUUUAGACGUCAUCAAACGAAUGUUAGUUCAGUGUAUGCAAGAUCAGGAGCACCCGUCGAUCAGAACAUUAUCUGCUAGAGCUACAGCUGCAUUUAUACUUGCAAAUGAGCAUAAUGUUGCUCUGUUCAAACAUUUUGCAGACUUGCUACCGGGAUUUCUACAGGCUGUAAAUGACUCGUGCUACCAGAAUGAUGAUUCUGUCCUAAAAUCCCUCGUUGAGAUUGCAGAUACUGUUCCGAAGUAUUUGCGUCCUCACUUGGAAGCAACUCUACAGCUAAGUCUAAAGUUGUGUGGAGAUACUAGCCUCAACAAUAUGCAGCGCCAGCUUGCCCUUGAAGUGAUCGUCACCCUCUCUGAGACUGCAGCUGCUAUGUUAAGAAAACAUACCAAUAUUGUUGCACAGACGAUUCCUCAGAUGUUAGCAAUGAUGGUUGAUUUGGAAGAAGAUGAGGACUGGGCAAAUGCAGAUGAACUAGAAGAUGAUGAUUUUGACAGCAAUGCAGUUGCAGGCGAGAGUGCUCUAGACCGAAUGGCUUGUGGACUUGGUGGAAAGCUCGUUCUGCCAAUGAUCAAGGAACACAUUAUGCAAAUGCUUCAAAAUCCUGACUGGAAAUACCGGCAUGCAGGAUUGAUGGCCUUAUCUGCCAUUGGUGAAGGGUGCCACCAGCAAAUGGAAGGAAUUCUAAAUGAGAUUGUAAAUUUUGUUUUACUUUUUCUCCAGGAUCCUCAUCCAAGAGUGAGGUAUGCAGCCUGUAAUGCCGUGGGACAGAUGGCUACAGAUUUUGCACCUGGUUUCCAAAAGAAAUUUCAUGAGAAGGUGAUUGCAGCUCUGCUGCAGACCAUGGAAGACCAAGGCAAUCAACGUGUGCAGGCCCAUGCAGCUGCUGCCCUCAUUAACUUUACUGAAGACUGUCCCAAGUCACUACUUAUUCCAUACUUGGAUAAUUUGGUGAAACAUCUGCAUUCCAUUAUGGUACUGAAGCUUCAAGAGUUGAUUCAGAAAGGCACCAAGUUAGUUUUGGAACAAGUUGUGACAUCCAUUGCAUCAGUUGCCGAUACUGCAGAAGAAAAAUUUGUCCCCUACUAUGAUUUAUUUAUGCCAUCACUGAAGCACAUUGUUGAGAAUGCGGUUCAAAAAGAACUGAGACUUCUGAGAGGAAAAACUAUUGAAUGCAUUAGCCUCAUUGGUCUGGCUGUUGGGAAGGAAAAAUUCAUGCAGGAUGCAUCAGAUGUGAUGCAGCUUUUGUUAAAGACCCAGACAGACUUCAAUGAUAUGGAAGAUGAUGAUCCUCAGAUCUCUUACAUGAUCUCAGCAUGGGCCAGAAUGUGCAAAAUCCUUGGAAAAGAAUUUCAGCAAUACCUUCCAGUGGUUAUGGGACCUUUAAUGAAGACGGCUUCAAUUAAGCCCGAAGUAGCCCUUUUAGAUACCCAAGACAUGGAGAAUAUGAGUGAUGAUGAUGGUUGGGAAUUUGUGAACCUUGGAGAUCAGCAAAGCUUUGGUAUUAAAACUGCAGGACUAGAAGAAAAAUCAACUGCUUGCCAGAUGUUGGUUUGCUAUGCUAAGGAGUUAAAAGAAGGCUUUGUGGAGUACACCGAACAGGUUGUCAAACUGAUGGUCCCUUUACUGAAAUUUUAUUUCCACGAUGGUGUUCGAGUGGCAGCAGCAGAAUCCAUGCCUCUCCUCCUGGAGUGUGCAAGAGUCCGUGGUCCUGAGUAUCUCACACAGAUGUGGCAUUUUAUGUGUGAUGCUCUAAUUAAGGCCAUUGGUACAGAACCAGAUUCAGACGUCCUCUCAGAAAUAAUGCAUUCUUUUGCAAAGUGCAUUGAAGUAAUGGGAGAUGGAUGCCUUAAUAAUGAACACUUUGAAGAACUGGGAGGUAUAUUGAAAGCAAAGCUUGAAGAACAUUUUAAAAAUCAAGAAUUACGACAAGUUAAAAGACAAGAUGAAGACUAUGAUGAACAGGUCGAAGAGUCACUACAAGAUGAGGAUGAUAAUGAUGUUUAUAUUCUGACCAAAGUGUCAGAUAUUUUACACUCAAUAUUCAGUAGCUACAAAGAAAAUGUGUUACCAUGGUUUGAACAGCUGCUUCCAUUAAUUGUCAACCUCAUUUGUCCACAUAGACCAUGGCCAGACAGACAAUGGGGAUUAUGUAUCUUUGAUGAUGUCAUAGAACACUGUAGUCCAGCCUCAUUUAAAUAUGCAGAAUAUUUCUUAAGACCAAUGCUCCAAUAUGUAUGUGACAACAGCCCAGAAGUCAGGCAAGCAGCUGCAUAUGGCCUGGGAGUCAUGGCACAGUAUGGUGGAGAUAAUUAUCGCCCUUUUUGUACAGAAGCACUUCCCCUGCUGGUAAGAGUUAUUCAGUCUGCGGAUUCUAAGACCAAAGAAAAUGUCAAUGCUACAGAGAAUUGCAUCUCAGCAGUAGGGAAAAUCAUGAAGUUCAAGCCUGACUGUGUAAACGUUGAAGAGGUCCUUCCACACUGGUUGUCUUGGCUGCCACUACAUGAAGAUAAAGAAGAAGCUGUUCAGACUUUCAAUUAUCUAUGUGACCUGAUUGAAAGUAAUCAUCCAAUUGUUCUUGGCCCAAACAAUACCAAUCUGCCCAAAAUAUUCAGUAUAAUCGCGGAAGGAGAAAUGCACGAGGCAAUUAAACAUGAAGAUCCUUGUGCCAAACGUCUGGCCAAUGUCGUUCGCCAAGUACAGACUUCUGGAGGACUGUGGACUGAGUGCAUAGCACAGCUCAGUCCUGAGCAGCAGGCCGCCAUUCAGGAGCUCCUGAACUCUGCGUGAAGGGCCUUAAUGUCACCCACCAGAAAACUAACUCCAAAUAAACGCUUACCCUUUCGUUUA